AUGACGGUAAAGAAAAUUGCAGUGAUUGGUGCCGGAGUCAGCGGACUGGGUGCCAUCAAGAGCUGUUUGGAGGAGGGACUAGAACCUACAUGUUUUGAAAAGAGCAGUGACAUUGGAGGACUGUGGAGAUAUGAGGAGACACCAGAAAGUGGAAGGCCUGGGAUAUACAAAUCUUUGACCUGCAAUACAUCCAAGGAGAUGACAGGCUUCAGCGACUUCCCCAUCCCUGACCAUUACCCCAACUACAUGCACAACACCAAAAUGAUGGAGUAUCUCAGGAUGUAUGCCAGGCACUUCGGGCUGAUGAAACACAUCCAGUUCCAGACAAAGGUGUGCAGUAUAAGGAAGCGCCCUGAUUUUUCAUCCUCUGGCCAGUGGGAUGUUGUGGUGGAAGCUGAUGAGGUACAGAAAACUUAUAUCUUUGAUGGGAUCAUGGUCUGCAGCGGACACUACAGCGAGAAGCAUUUUCCUUUACAGGAUUUCCCAGGAAUCACCAAGUUCCAAGGCAGCCAUCUCCACAGCUGGGAGUAUAAGCACCCAGGCAACUUUGAGGGGAAGAGAGUGGUCGUGAUCGGCAUCGGGAAUUCUGGAGCAGAUGUGGCAAGCGAGAUCGGUCGUGUUGCUGAACAGGUUUUCCUCAGCACAAGACGAGGGGCGUGGAUUUGGAACCGUGUUUGGGAUCAUGGGAAUCCUAUGGAUGCUACACUCUUCACUCGUUAUAACAGAGCUGUCCAAAAGGUCUGCCCCACGUACCUGAUCAACAGACAGAUAGAGAACAAGUUAAACUUGAGGUUUAACCAUGCCAGUUACGGACUGCUGCCUCAACACAGAAUUCUUGACCACCGGACAGUUCUCAGUGACGACCUGCCAAACCGUAUCAUUACUGGAAAAGUGCAGAUAAAACCAAACGUGAAAGAGUUCACUUCAACAUCGGCCAUCUUUGAGGACGGAACUGAAGAGAACAUAGACGUUGCCAUCUUUGCCACAGGCUACACAUUGUCCUUCCCUUUCCUGAAUGAUGACCCGACCAUCCUGGACAGCCAGUACUCCAUGUUUAAGUUCGUCUUCCCUCCCGAGUUGGAGAAGCCAACCCUAGCUUUCAUUGGCAUCCUCCAGCCUGCUGGAGCUGUCAUCCCCACCUCCGAGCUCCAAAGCCGAUGGGUUGUGCGUGUGUUCACAGGACUGAAAAAGUUGCCCUCAAAGAAAGACAUGAUGGCUGACAUCGACAGAAAAAGACGAAAAAUGACCAAAAACUUUACAAAAAACUUCAGAGAUUCUCGUCGAGUACAGUUCAUCGACUACAUGGAUGAAAUCGCUUCAGAGUUAGGCGUCAAACCCAGCCUGCUCUCUCUCUUCCUCUGGGACACAAAGCUGGCCAAGGAGAUUUUCUGUGGUCCCUGCACCUCCUACCAAUACCGUCUACAAGGGCCAGGGAAAUGGGCUGGGGCCCGGGCAGCCAUCCUCACUCAGAGAGAAAGGAUGCUCAAACCCCUGAGAACCCGUGUGCUCCAACAAUCGCAGACCUCCCUCUCUCGUCUUUUCUGGGUCAAAAGUAUCUGUGUUGUCAUUUUUUUCUUUGUUUCCAUGUUAGCUAUCAUGCAUAUCACAAGUCAUUAA